CGAAAAACGUUCGUUGAAGACUUGAAAAGUUAUGGCGAUCAAAUAAGCGGGAUGUCUCAGUGGAACAAACUCCAGCUGGUGCCAAAGUAUCUGGAAAAGGCAAAAAUCGUGGAGAAGUGGCUUCUGGAGGCAGAGACCCACAUAGAAAACAUCAAUUUGGAGGAGGAGGAAUUUGAGUGGGAGAUCACCAAUUAUCCACUUCGACUGAAACUCGUGAAGGAUUUGAAACCCUACGCUCAACUCUAUCAGUUGGGAGUUGACUUCACUAAGAAGAAAAGUGAUUGGUUAAGUGGUUCGAUUGAUCAAGUUGAUCCGGAGCUUGUUGAGCAAGAAGUCAUGACAAUUUGGAGAUCUCUCUAUAAAUUGGAAAAGGUAUUCAGUGAUGUUGCAGCUCCAAAAGGAAUCGCCGAAGAUGUGAGGGAAGAAGUGGACAAAUUCAAAGAGAACAUCCCAUUGGUGCAGACACUGUGCAAUCCCGGUUUGAGGGACCGUCACUGGGAUCAGAUAUCCGAAAUUGUUGGAUUUCCUCUCAAACCUGACAAAUCCACCACCUUACAGAAGCUGAUAGGACUGAAUCUGCGAGAGUACAUACCGCAGUUUGAAAUCAUCAGCGAAUCGGCGAGCAAGGAGUACAAAUUAGAAAAAACUCUUGAAAAGAUGAUGGGAGAAUGGAGAGAGAUGUUGUUCUCUAUCAUCCCAUUUCGAGAAUCUGGAACUUAUGUGCUGUCAUCAGUGGACGAGAUUCAGGCACUGCUUGACGACCACAUAAUUAAGACUCAGACAAUGAGAGGAUCUCCAUCUGUCAAACCUAUAGAGGAAAAAGUCAAAACUUGGGAGAGCAAACUGAUGCUUUUGCAAGAAAUUAUAGACGAAUGGCUGAAAGUUCAAGUCACGUGGCUCUAUUUGGAACCCAUUUUCAGCUCACCCGACAUUAUGGCUCAAAUGCCUGAAGAAGGAAGGCGAUUCAAUACUGUUGAUAAAAAUUGGAGGGAAGUGAUGAAAGCCAUUCUUGAAGACAAACACGUCUUGGCUGUUAUUGAAAUUGAAAACUUGCUGGACACUCUUAAGGCUUCCAACGACCUCUUGGAUCUCAUACAGAAGGGUCUCAAUGAUUAUUUAGAGAAGAAAAGGCUUUUCUUUCCUCGUUUCUUCUUUCUUUCCAAUGAUGAACUGCUUGAAAUUUUAUCAGAAACCAAAGAUCCGAAGAAGGUUCAACCUCACCUCAAGAAAUGCUUUGAAGGUAUUGCAAAACUGAAGUUUCUGGAGAAUCUCGACAUCACCCACAUGGAAAGCAGCGAGGGUGAAGUCAUACAACUGACUGGAGUCAUAUCGGUCGUAAAUGCCCGCGGUCAGGUGGAAAAAUGGCUGCUUGAGCUGGAGUCUCUCAUGUUAUCCAGCGUUAAAAAGGUUAUUUUUGAUGCUCUUGAAUCUUACUCCAAUGUGCCUCGCGAAGAAUGGGUUCUUCAAUGGCCUGGUCAGGCGGUCCUGUGCUGCUCUCAGAAUUAUUGGACUGCAGAGAUGCAUGAAGCCAUCAAGAGUGGUCCUCAGAACCUACAAGCCUAUUUAAAGCAGAAUAAUGAUCAGAUUGACAAGAUAGUCUCCAUAGUUCGUGGAGAUCUCUCUAAACAGAAUCGUAUCACAUUGGGAGCUCUUGUAGUGCUCGAUGUUCACGCUAGGGACGUUGUAGAAUAUCUCUGCAAGGCCCAAAUUACUUCUGACCAGGACUUUGCUUGGUUGAGUCAGCUGAGAUAUUACUGGAUAGAUGAUAACAUGACGACACGCAUGAUUAACUCAUUUCUGGAUUAUGGCUACGAAUAUUUGGGAAACUCAGGUCGCCUCGUGAUCACUCCCUUGACGGAUCGAUGUUACCGUACUUUGUUCGGUGCUCUCAAUCUGCAUCUGGGUGGGGCACCUGAAGGUCCGGCAGGAACUGGAAAGACAGAGACUACUAAGGAUUUGGCAAAAGCUGUGGCCAAGCAGUGCGUCGUCUUUAACUGCUCAGAUGGUCUGGAUUAUAUAGCCCUUGGAAAGUUUUUUAAAGGACUUGCAUCGUGCGGUGCUUGGUCCUGUUUUGAUGAAUUCAACAGAAUAGAUCUAGAAGUUCUAUCAGUUGUUGCUCAACAGAUUUUAACCAUACAGCGGGGGAUUGCGGCUGGAUCCAAAAGACUGUUCUUCGAAGGCACAGACAUCAAAUUAGAUCCCACAUGCUCUGUGUUUAUAACAAUGAAUCCCGGAUAUGCUGGUCGCUCUGAACUACCGGAUAAUUUGAAGGCACUGUUUCGACCUGUGGCCAUGAUGGUACCAGACUAUGCCAUGAUAUCUGAAAUUGUGCUCUACUCGUGUGGAUUUGUGAAUGCUCGUCCUCUUGCUGUCAAGAUUGUAGCCACCUACAGACUCUGCUCUGAACAGCUUUCCUCCCAAUAUCACUACGAUUACGGAAUGAGAGCAGUCAAAUCUGUUCUUACUGCAGCUGGGAACUUAAAGCUUAAAUAUCUGGAGGAGAGUGAAGACAUUUUGGUACUGAGAUCAAUAACAGACGUCAACCUGCCAAAAUUUCUCUCUCAUGAUCUGCCUUUGUUUUCUGGUAUCACAUCUGAUCUUUUUCCUGGGAUAAAACUGCCGACUCCGGAAUAUCAGCACUUGAAUGCUGCUAUCAUCAAAUACUGCAAAGAGAUUAACUUGCAGUGCCCACCUGUAUUCUUGGAAAAAAUUCAGCAGAUUUAUGAGAUGAUGAUUGUCCGUCACGGUUUCAUGAUAGUUGGAAUGCCAUUUGGGGGUAAAACUUCAGCUUACCGAGUUCUCGCUGGUGCUCUUGCUGACUUGCACGAACAGGGUUUAAUGAAUGAGAACAAAGUACAAAUUACUAUCAUCAAUCCAAAAUCCAUUACCAUGGGCCAGCUGUAUGGGCAGUUUGAUCCAGUCUCCCACGAAUGGUCCGAUGGUGUCUUGGCUGUCAGCUAUCGUGCAUUUGCACAAUCCACUACUCCAGAUAGGAAAUGGCUGAUAUUUGAUGGACCGGUCGAUGCCAUAUGGAUUGAAAAUAUGAACACAGUUUUGGAUGACAAUAAGAAGCUGUGCUUGAUGAGCGGAGAGAUCAUUCAGUUGGCCCCCACCACCAAUCUCAUAUUUGAACCCAUGGAUUUAGAGGCUGCAUCUCCCGCCACUGUAUCUCGAUGUGGUAUGAUUUAUAUGGAGCCUACAGCCUUAGGAUGGGAGCCAUUGUUACAGUCAUGGCUUAAUAUUUUACCGGAAUCCAUCAAUGAAGACAGCAAAGAUCUCCUAUUAGAACUCUUCGAUUAUUUCUGUCCUCCUUUACUCAGUUAUGUCACACACAAUGCUUCCAAGGAACUAUCUCCGACAACUGAGACGAACCGUGUAAGGUCCCUGAUGACAUUGCUGGAUUGCUUGUUUCAUGAUUUCAGCUGGAUAGAUGGCAUGUCUGAAUCUCAAGUUGAGACACACAUUCAAUGUUGUUUCUUAUUUUCUGCAAUUUGGUCUUUGUGUUCUACAACUAAUGAAUAUGGCCGAAAAGAACUGAAUUUAAUUUUCCAAGAUCUCUUAAACAGCUACCUGAUUGAGUUAAAGAUGCUUGAGAGCUCGGAAGAUAAGUUUGCUCUUGCUGGCUAUGAAGAAUCUUCUGAAGAAAGUCAGAAAGAGUGGACGGCCACGGCCCAAUACUUGCUGGAAAAAUUGAAUCGGACUCUUAGUGAGCUAACAGGGAAAAUGUUAACAACGACUGCAGUCAUAAAGAUAAUGGAGGCGAUCGAAGAGGCUUUGAAGAAAAAGAUUGAUCCUGAAGAAAUAGAACUUAAAGUCAAAGAGCUAAGAAAAACACAAAAGGGAGACAUGAUGGUAGAGUUGGAGACUAGACAAGAUCUAGCACUGUUAAAAGAGAAAGACCUUAGUAACAAAAUGACUUGUGAAGUGCCUCCUAGACGCAAACCGCGUAUUAUAAUAUUUGAGCUACCUGAAAAAAUCACCAAAGAAAACCUCUCCAAAAGCCUAAGAGAGAACAGUGAUGAUUUUAAAGAAGGGGAAUUUGAAGUAACAUUCCCUAUAAAAGCUAAAAAAGGAGUGCAAUGGGACGUUACUAUGAGGCCAAUGAGUUUUAAGAGGCUCCUAAAACGAGAGAGUGUCAACAUCAGUUGGAAAUGUCAUAAAGUAAAAGAGUACUUAAGACAGCUCAGAUGCUACAACUGUAACCGACUCGGGCACAUGGCCAAAGACUGCGGCCACAACGAAUCUUGCUCAAAGUGUAACGAGGCAGGUCACCAUGCUGCUACCUGUGAAGGACCUUCCAGGCUUGGGGCAGCUCGGUGGAUCGCGGUGUGGUGGUGGUCUUCCUGCUGUCGACACUGUUUUAGCUGUGUCUGCAGAGGAUUUGAUGCCACCUCUCGGAGGGGUUUUUGGACUCGUGGUCUUUUGCUUCAUCGUUGCGGUUCCCGUUUAUUGGUCUCCUUGCUCUUGAACGUGACUAUGAGUAAGCUAUCUGAUGAAAUGUAUUCCUUAUGCAAAUUACCAGAUGACAAAGUACACGAAACUUCCCUUCCUCUGCGCCAACUUUUCCCCGCAGAUUGGAAUAUUUUCGACUGCCAAUAUGUUAAAGAAGGAGAUGGUGAUGGUAGGUGGGUGGAGUGGAAAGAUGAAGUGGCCAAGGCACCUGCCAUUCCCAAAGAUAUCCAAGUGAAUCAGAUAAUUGUGGCCACAGUCGACACUGUACGCUAUGCUAACCUUUUGAAUUUGUUGGUGAACCAUGGGAAGCCUGUUCUUUUUGUGGGACCUACUGGUACUGGGAAAUCUGUCUACAUUACUGAUUUCCUCCUGAAUUCUGUUAAUACCAAUGUUUAUAAACCUCUAUUCAUAAACUUUUCUGCUCAAACAAGUGCUGGACAGACGCAGAAUGUUAUUAUGGGAAAGUUGGAUAAGAGAAGAAAAGGUGUUUAUGGCCCUCCACUCGGACACAAAAUGGUGAUAUUUGUGGAUGAUCUUAACAUGCCUCAACUGGAGACAUAUGGUGCCCAGCCCCCUAUAGAGUUGUUGCGCCAGUGGCUCGAUCACUGGACAUGGUAUGACAUGAAAGAAAUCCUUCCAAUCAAAUUAGUAGACACACAGCUCAUUGCUGCUAUGGAUCCCCCUGGUGGAGGACGUAAUCCAGUCACUCCUCGGUUCUUAAGACACUUUAACACCAUCACAAUCAAUGAAUUCCAGGAUGACAUUAUGAGAACAAUCUUUAACAAAAUAUUGAUGUGGCACAUGGAAACAAGGGGUUUUGGUGAAGAUUUUAAAGCGUGCAUAGGUGAUGUGAUUGAUGGCACUCUGACCAUCUACAAAGAGGCCAUCCUUCAACUUUUACCCACUCCAGCCAAAUCUCACUACACCUUCAACCUACGUGACUUCUCUCGGGUCGUCCAGGGAUUGCUGCUCUCUUUUCCGAAGACAGUCCAAACUGUUACCGCCCUCAAACGGAUCUGGGUUCAUGAGGUUUUGCGGGUGUUUUACGAUCGUCUUGUAGAUGAGGCAGAUCGAAAUUGGCUCUUCAACUGCGUUAAAACUGUGAGUCAAUCUGUACUCCACGAAGAUUUCGAUCAGUUGUUAUCCAACUACAGUGAGGAUGAAGGGGGUGUCGUGACAGAGGAUGACACGCGAUCCCUCAUGUAUUGUGACUUCAGUGAUCCAAAGGCCGACAAUCGUCUCUACAUGGAGGUGCAGGACUUCAACUCUCUCAAGACAAUCAUCGAAGGGUAUCUGGAUGAAUUCAAUAACAUGAGCAAAAAACCCAUGAGUUUAGUACUCUUCAGAUUCGCCGUUGAACAUUUGUGCCGCAUAUCGAGAGUUUUGAAGCAGCGACGGAGCCACGCUUUGCUGGUGGGAGUUGGAGGAUCAGGCCGGCAAUCCUUAACUCACUUAGCUGCCCACAUAUCUGAUUACGAACUUUUUCAGGUGGAGAUAAGUAAGAGUUACACAAUGACAGAGUGGCGAGACGAUCUCAAAUUGAUCCUACGGAAAUCCACGGCCACCGAUCAGCACGGCGUUUUUCUCUUCAGUGACAACCAGAUUAAGGAGGAAUCCUUCCUGGAAGACAUCAACAACCUCCUGAAUGUGGGAGAGGUUCCAAACCUCUUCGCACCCGACGAGAAACAGGAGAUCUGCGAGAAGAUGAGACAGAUUGACAAGCAACGUGAAAAAUCCCAACAAACAGACGGUACUCCUGUUGCUCUGUUCAACAUGUUCAUCCAGAGAGUGAGGGACCAGUUGCACAUUGUCUUGGCCAUGAGUCCCAUUGGGGACUCCUUUCGCACAAGGCUAAGAAAAUUCCCUUCUCUGGUCAACUGUUGCACCAUUGAUUGGUUUCAGGCGUGGCCUGAAGAUGCGUUGGAAGCAGUUGCCAGUAAAUUUUUGGAAGAUGUUGAUUUGACAGACAAAGAGAGGGAGGGCUGCAUCUACAUGUGCAAGACUUUUCACACCACCACCCAGGAUCUUUCCGAACAUUAUUUCUCGAAACUGCAGCGCCACAACUAUGUCACCCCAACAUCUUUCCUAGAACUGAUAUCAACUUUUAAGACUUUACUCGAGAAGAAAAGAAAGGCUAUACUGAAGGCUAAAAACAGGUAUGAAGUGGGUUUGCAGGAAUUGCAGAAUGCAGCUGGUGCAGUGGCGCAGAUGCAGGAGAAAUUGACCAGCUUGCAGCCCACUCUAGUGGUUGCAGGGAAGAAGGUGGAGGAGCAGAUGGCAGUUGUUCAAGCAGAAUCAGCAGACGUUGCCGAAGUGGAAAAGAAGGUGAAGCAAGAUGAAUCCUUGGCAAAUGAGCAGGCAGCCGCUGCCCAGGCCAUCAAGGAUGAAUGUGAUUCAGAUUUGGCAAAGGCUGUGCCAAUUCUAGAAUCUGCUCUUGAAGCUCUUGACAUAUUGACACCAGCAGAUAUUACUCUAGUUAAGUCAAUGAAAAGUCCUCCCGCAGGUGUUAAACUCGUCAUGGAAGCCAUCUGUGUACUCAAAGGAAUUAAAGCCAACAGAAUAAAAGAUCCUGCUGGAACUGGAAAAAUGAUUGAAGAUUAUUGGGGACCCUCCAAGAAGCUUUUAGGGGACAUGAAAUUUUUAGAAAGUUUGAAAAACUAUGACAAGGACAACAUAAACCCUAAAGCGAUGAAGGAAAUUCGAAGUAAAUACACAUCGAACCCAGAAUUCGAUCCUGAAAAGAUCAAAAGUGCUUCCACUGCUGCUGAGGGUCUAUGCCGAUGGGUCAUCGCCAUGGAUUCAUAUGACGCCGUGGUGAAAAUUGUGGCACCGAAGAAAGAAGCCCUAGCACAUGCUGAAAGCGAUCUCAGUGAAGCAUUGGCUGCUUUAAAAGUGAAACAAGACAGCCUGAGAGAAAUUCAAGCCAAAUUGGCUGAACUGCAGCAAAAACUAGACGAGGCCCAGAAAGAGAAAGAAGAUCUAGAGAAGCAGGUAGAGCUGUGUGCUACUCAGCUGGAGCGUGCCCAACUUUUGAUUGGAGGCUUAGGAGGAGAAAAGGAUCGCUGGAAUAUUGCUGCUGAUCAACUGGGUAUCCAAUACGAUAAUCUGACAGGAGAUAUUUUGAUCGCUUCUGCUGUUGUUGCCUACCUUGGAGCUUUUACCUCUGCAUUUAGACAAGAUCAAUGCGUAACUUGGGUUUCCUUGUGUCAGAAGUGUGGCAUACCUUGCUCAGAUGAGUUUUCUCUGCAAGAUGCUCUGGGAGAUCCCGUUCUCAUCAGAGAUUGGAAUUUGGCUGGUCUCCCCACCGAUAGCUUUUCUACUGAAAAUGGCAUCAUUAUCACGAAUGCUAGAAGAUGGCCACUCCUGAUUGAUCCUCAGGGACAGGCGAGCAAAUGGAUCAAAAACAUGGAAAAAGCAAACAAGAUGCAUGUCAUCAAACUCACAGAUUCAGAUUUCGUGAGAACCCUCGAGAACUGCAUCACAUUUGGAAAUCCAGUCCUUCUGGAGAAUGUUGGAGAAGAACUGGAUCCUGUGUUGGAACCUUUGUUGCUGAAACAAACAUUCCGUCAAGGCGGGAUGGUGUGUUUAAAACUAGGCGACUCCACCAUCGAAUAUUCUUCUGAUUUCCGAUUCUACAUCACCACUAAAUUACGAAAUCCACACUACCUGCCCGAGACAUCGGUGAAAGUGACUGUGGUCAAUUUCAUGAUCACCCCAGCUGGCCUGGAAGACCAACUCUUGGGAAUCGUAGUUGCUAGAGAGAAGCCUGAACUGGAGGAGCAAAAGAACCAUCUUCUACUGCAAGGAGCGGAAAACAAAAGGCAACUGAAAUCAAUUGAAGACAAAAUUCUCGAGUUGUUGACUUCUGGUUCAAAUAUUUUGGAAGAUGAAACAGCCAUCAAAGUAAUAUCAUCAAGUAAAGAAUUAUCGAAUGAAAUUCAACAAAAACAAGUCUUCGCUGAAGAGACUGAAGCAGAGAUAGACAAGACACGGUCUGGGUACAAACCCAUCGCUGUCCAUUCUUCCAUCCUGUUCUUCACAAUCGCUGAUCUGGCGAGCAUUGAUCCCAUGUACCAGUACUCGUUGCCUUGGUUCAUCAACCUCUAUGUGAACGCUAUUGACAACUCGGAAGUGACAGACAACGUAGAAGAGAGACUCUCCAUUCUGAAAGAAUUUUUCAUGGAGUCUUUGUACGUUAAUGUGUGCCGGAGUCUGUUUGAGAAGGACAAGCUACUGUUCUCUUUCCUUUUGUGUGUGAACAUUCUGAAAGCGGAAGGAAAAAUCGACAAUGAGGAGUGGCGAUUUCUGCUUACCGGUGGAAUAGGUUUGGACAAUCCUCACCCGAAUCCCCUGCCAUGGCUGCCCGGUAAGUCUUGGGACGAGAUCUGCCGACUCAGUGACAUGGACAACUUUAGGGGACUCGCCCAAUCCAUUGUGGAAGAGGAGGCGGCCUUCAGAGCACUUUUUGACAGUCUGACGCCGGAAGAUGAACCUAUUCCUGGUGAGUGGAACAUCAAGCUGUCGAAUUUUCAGAAGUUACUGAUUAUGCGUUGCGUGCGUUUUGAUAAGAUGAUUCCUGCCGUCCAAAAGUUCGUUCUUGGUAAUCUCGGUCAGACAUUUAUAGAGCCACCUCCAUUUGAUUUGGGCAAAGCUUUCAUGGACAGCAACUGCUGCUCUCCUUUGGUCUUCGUCUUGUCACCUGGUGCCGAUCCUACCGCUGCACUCUUAAAAUUCGCCGAUGACCAGGGUUUCAGUGGAUAUCGCUUGAAUUCACUUUCAUUGGGACAAGGGCAAGGUCCUAUAGCCAUGAAACUCAUCGAAGACGGUAGAUCCUUGGGCUCUUGGGUUGUCUUACAAAACUGUCAUCUUGCAAAGUCAUGGAUGCCCACUCUUGAAAAGGUUUGCGAGGAAUUGACAACUGAAAAUACUCAUCAGGAUUUCAGGCUGUGGCUGACAUCGUAUCCCGCUGCUCAUUUCCCUGUAAUGGUUCUUCAGAACUCUGUGAAAAUGACGAAUGAACCUCCAAAAGGUCUCAAGGCCAACAUUAUUCGCUCUUACCUCAGUGAUCCCCUCUGCGAAUCAGAAUUCUUUGAUGGCUGCAUGCAACCAACAGUGUUCAAGAAGCUUUUGUAUUCACUGACAUUCUUCCACGCUUUGGUUCAAGAGAGACGAAAAUUCGGUCCUUUGGGUUGGAAUAUUCCUUAUGAGUUCAACGAAACUGAUCUAAGAAUUAGCGCCAAACAACUAUCCAGAUUUUUGAAUCAAUAUCCUGAUGAGAUUCCUUUCGAUGCCCUGAAAUACCUGACCGGUGAGUGUAAUUACGGAGGACGUGUGACCGAUGAUUGGGACAGGAGGACACUCAACACCCUUCUCACGAAAUUCUACUGCAAGGAAUCUGUCUUCGAUGACAAUUACCGAUUUGAUACAGCUGGAAUAUAUUAUUCUCCUCCAGAAGGAUCAUAUCAAUCUUACUUGGAUUAUACCAAUUCCUUGCCACUCGUUGCCAAACCUGACGUUUUUGGUAUGCACCCGAAUGCUGAAAUCACCAAAGAUCAACAAGAGACCAAUCUACUUUUUGAUAGCAUCCUUCUCACUCAGGCUCGUGUGUCAGGAAGUAGCGGUCAGUCUUCGGAAAGCAUGGUUGAAGAAGUCGCAUCGGACAUAUUGAAUCGUCUCCCAGGAAAUUUCGACAUAGGCCAGGCUCUGCUCAAAUAUCCGACUAUGUACCAACAGAGUAUGAACACAGUCCUCGUGCAGGAGAUGGGAAGAUUCAAUUCACUACUCACUACCAUACGAAAUUCUCUUGUAAACACUAAAAAGGCAAUCAAGGGAUUAGUAGUGAUGUCAUGUGAGUUGGAGCAAGUGGUGGAAAGCAUUUUGAAAGGUAAGAUUCCCAACAUGUGGAUGAGUAAAUCCUACCCCUCCCUCAAGCCUCUCGGCAGUUACAUUGCAGAUUUCUUUCAAAGACUCAAAUUCCUCCAGGAUUGGUUUGACAAUGGACCACCAAACGUGUUUUGGAUAUCUGGUUUCUACUUCACCCAAGCUUUCUUAACAGGAAGUCAGCAAAAUNGAGUGUAUGUCAGAGGUCUAUUUUUGGAUGGAGCUCGUUGGGACCAUGAUCGCUGGCUUCUGGGUGAAUCCUUACCUAAAGUAUUGUACGAUCCUGUACCCAUAGUGUGGCUCAAACCCAUUAAACGAGAAGAUUUCGUUGGAAAAAACAGCUACUUGUGCCCAGUGUACAAGACGAGCGAGAGACGAGGUAUUCUAUCGACUACUGGGCACUCUACUAAUUUUGUGAUAUCUAUGCUCUUGCCCACCGAUAAACCCCAAGAGCACUGGAUAAAUCGAGGAGUAGCCCUGAUUUGCCAAUUAGACGACUAAACUCUCUUCAGCAUUCCAGCGACUGUACAUGUACGGAAGAGUAUUUUUGUAUUCACUUAUUUAUCUUUGUUUUAUUUCUAUCUGUUCGAAAUUAAAAUUUAUAGAAGUUGGUUUA